ACAGUCAUAAUGAAAUCACUGUGUAAAUAUGUGGAAAAGUGAUAAAUUAGAUAAUUUAGAUAAGUUGAUUGUUUCAUAUGUAACUCAAGCUCUAUGUGUGCAGGUUGCUAGCUUGCAAGAGGAGAUAGAUGCUCUUGGAAGUCUUAUGGCAAAUUCCACAGUUAGUGUUGUCAAUUGUGGCAGUGACCAAGAACCAAUGACCUCAAACAAUGGAACACAAUAUAAUAUUUUGCAGCAUGAUGCUACAAGAACACAGUAUUGUCAGAAUAAUCUGGCUAAUUUUCUUUCGCAAGAAGCUAUUAGUGCUACGGUCUUCAAAAGUCUCGACUCACAGAUGGAUAUAGAGCUUCCAAGCGCACACGUGGAAGAACCUUCUUCAUUUGGUGAUUUCAACUCCAAUCCGUUAGAACAGUUCCUAUCUGGAAUUGACCAAGAGGUGUUCGUGAAUCAUCCAUGGUUCAAGCAUAAUGCAGACAUAAAGAACUAGGAAUAUUGAAAAAGCUGUGACUAGAUCUUUGCGUACCAUACUUGCAGGUGCAAGAUGAUUGCAUCAAAAUCAACUUUUAUGUGACGUUUAUUUUUAUUUUACAAUAUGGUAGGUACGUGUGUC